AUGGGCAACAAAUCGUCGUCCUACGAUGUGCAACAACAGAAAGAGCAAAAUCAAAAUGGGAAAAUUCGAAAAGUACACGACUCAACAUCAACAGAUAAAGUGGUUCAAAAGGAGAACACAGAACCCUCGGCACCGUCAAUGACGAGUCCAUCGGCUCCCCCUAUUUCCUCGCCAACCCCUCCACCAAAUGAGUUCCCGGUGGAUGUGCCGACGCCGAGAGGAAGCCUCACUUCAGCCACCUCAUCUCAACCCGUUUUCACCUCACAAAUCGAAUACAAUGUGCAGCCGGUCGCCGAGUUGGCCACCGAUUUCGAGGACUUUCAAGAACCACCUGUACAGCAACUCUUUCGAGUUAGACCCCUUCCCGAAUCGCCGCUUGAUAAAGAACCAACUGAAGAUUGUUAUGAU